GCGCGUCGGUGGUGGAUUAGCUGGCAGGCUCACAUCAUCCAGAAGGCACGUCUCUUGGCCAGUGGCUUGGGCAUCGUCAUGAUCGCAUCAAGUGCCAUAAGGCGAGACUGGCUUGAUCGUCCGUGUAACGACGAAAUGUGUAUAUAAGGCCAUGGACUCUUGCUUCCAAGGAUAGGGCAAUUUCAUCACUGCUCUCAUCUUCGAAGCUCAUAAGACACCAUAGCGACGACAGACUCACACACAACAACGAACCUCAAACACCACAAAACAUUUCACCAUGCUCGCUCAAAGCCUGGUCACGCUCUUCCUCGCCUCUACGGCCUUUGCUGCCCCGGCUCGCCGCCAGCAGCUCAAGUCCAUGUCCUCGGCGGCUGCCAAGGAGUGGACCGUGCUGGACAUGAGCCGCGACUGCAACAAGGACGACACCAAGUGCACCUGGACCUUUAGCGUUGACAAGAACGAGGACGGCUUUGAGCCCGUGGACUGCGAGUACAUCAUCGAGGGCGAGCCUGCCUCGGAGACGCCCGGCGUCACCCCCCAGUCCUGCGAGCCCUUCACCAUCACCUCGGGCUACGACAGCAGCGGCUUCACUGUCCUGUCCAUCGUCGAUUACGAGGCGGGCAAGAUUGUGUGGGCUGGCUACAAUGACGAUAUCCUCGAGGACGGCGAGACUGUCACCCCCGACCGCAGCUGGGUCGUCUCUGAUCUUCCCUGAUUGAUUGUGGUUGCUGGAACAUAUCCUUGGAUGCUAGAAUGCUGUUAUGGGUAUCAUUGGGUUGUCUUUCCUUCAAUUUCCCU